AUGGAACAUGACCGAAUUUCGACAAGCAGUUCUAGAGCCCAAGAAGUAUCACAGAAACGUCAAAGAAGAUUAGAAGAGGAUCGUGUCUCAACUAGCAGUGCUAGGGCCCAAAAAACAUCUGAAGAACGCGGAAGAAGAGUAGAAAAUAAUCGUGUCUCAACCAAAAAUGCAAGGAUCCGAGAAACAUCCCAGGUACGUCGAAGAAGGCUAGAAGAAAAUAGUGCUUCAACAUCCCAAGCUCGAUUGCAUUUGUGGCAAGACAAGGAAAACUCUGCAUUUAUGUACAACCCAUCUUUAUGUUAUGCAUCAGAUCCAUUGAUAAAAAUUGGUGGAAUGGCAACAGAAUGCAUUUUUUGCCAGGCAUUAAAAUGGAAAGGUGAAACACCAAGUAUGUGUUGCAGCAAUGGAAUAAUUAAGCUCUGUGAACUUCAAACACCUCCUGAACCUCUACUGGCAUUGUUAACAGAUUCUUCAAUUGAAACAGUACAUUUUCAGAGUAACAUCAGAAGAUACAAUUCAUGCUUUCAGAUGACAUCAUUUGGAUCUGGGAGCGAAAUCCGGGAACAAGGCUUUAUGCCUACUUUCAAAGUUCAGGGACAAGUGUACCACAGAAUAGGAAGCCUACAACCACAAAUAAAUGAUAAGCCAAAUUUUCUUCAAUUAUACUUUGUAGGUGAUCAGGAAAAGCAAUCCGAACAACGUUGCAGGAAUGUUUUGAAAGUAAAACAAGCAUUAGUUUCAAGUUUGCAAGAAAUGUUGCAUGAACACAAUAAUUACGUGAGAAGUUUUAAGUUGGCCAUGGAGAAAAUGACUCCGGAAUUAAAAGUUAUAAUUCAGGCAGAUAAACCACCUGUCGGUCAGCAUGAAAGACGAUUUAAUGCUCCAAAUACGUCGGAGGUGGCAGUUAUUCAUGCAGGUGAUGUAUACAGUAGCAGAGAUAUAGUAUUGGAAUUAAAAAGUAAUGAAAUUAAAAAAAUUGCAGAAACACACCGAGCAUAUGAUGCAUUGCAGUAUCCUUCGAUGUUCUGGCAAGGUGAAGACGGCUACCAUUUUGAACUAAGGCAAGUAAAUCCAACUACUGGCUUCCCGACUUCUAAGAAAAUUUCAGCCAUGGAUUUUUAUGCCUAUCGAAUUAUGUUUCGAGCAGCAAAUUUCAAUAUUAUUUUAAGAUGCAAGGGACUUUUUAAUCAAUUUAUUGUGGACAUGUUCGCAGAAAUUGAAUCUGAGCGACUGAUGUUUGUACGCUUGAACCAGAAGAAACUACGUGUUGAAGAGUAUGUUCAUCUCAAGGAUGCCCUAAACAGAGACGGGAGUGUUCAUGAUAUAGGUAAAAUGGUAAUUUUACCUUCUACAUUUACUGGUGGUCCACGCUACAUGCAUGAGCGAACUCAAGAUGCGAUGACAUAUGUUAGAAAUUACGGGAAGCCUGAUUUGUUUAUUACAUUCACCUGUAAUUCACAGCGGCAGGAGGUUACCAAUGAAUUAAUGCCUAGGCAGAGAAGUCACGAUCGACAUGAUUUGCUAGCAAGAGUUUUCCAUCUUAAACUAAAAGUUCUUAUGAUUCUCAUCAACAAAGGAAAAGUAUUUGACUCUGUUCAAUGUUUUAUGUACACAAUAGAGUGGCAAAAACGCGGUCUCCCACAUGCUCAUAUCUUAAUUUGGCUGCAUGAAAAAAUCCAUGUUCAUAGCAUAGAUAAUGUAAUAAGUGCAGAAAUACCUGAUCCAGAAAUUGAUCCAGUUUUUCAUGAUGUUUUUAAGACACAAAUGAUACAUGGCCCUUGUGGGAUCCUGAAUCAACAGUCUCCUUGCAUGAAAGAUGGAAAAUGUACAAAAAGGUACCCUCGAAAUUUUUUGAAAGAAACACAAACUGGGGAAGAUGGAUAUCCCCUGUAUCGUCGACAGAGUCCAGAGGAUGGCGGUUAUACGACAGUUAAAAAAGUACGGAGUUCUGAUAUUGUUAUGGAUAAUAGAUGGGUAGUUCCUUUUUGUCCAUUGUUGUCAAAAACUUUUAAUGCCCAUAUUAAUGUGGAAUUUUGUAAUUCGAUAAAAUCUAUAAAAUAUGUUUGCAAAUACGUAAACAAAGGAUCUGAUAUGGCUGUAUUUAACAUUGCCAACGACGAAAGUGUGCAUGAUGAAGUACAGCAUUAUGAAAUAGGACGAUACAUCAGUAGCAAUGAGGCAGUGUGGCGUAUUUUGGGUUUCCCUAUACAUGAAAGGCAUCCAACAGUUGUUCAUUUAAGUGUACACUUAGAGAAUGGCCAGCGAGUUUACUUCACAUCAGAAAAUGCACGGGAAAGAGCUCAAGCUCCACCAGCCACAACACUUACUUCUUUUUUUAGCUUAUGUCAAAACGAUGAUUUUGCUCGCACUUUGUUGUAUAAUCAGUUGUCGAAGUACUAUACAUGGUCUGCAAGCAGCAAAAAGUGGGUUCGGCGGAAAUCUGGUCUGAUAGUAUCUGAAGACCCAGGAAUUAAAUCAAGUGAUGCACUUGGUCGCGUCUACACUAUUCAUCCCAACAAUUCCGAAUGUUUUCAUCUUCGACUGCUGCUUCAUGAGGUGCACGAAUCUACAUCUUUCAAUGACUUAAAGACUUUUGGAGAAAUAAAAUGCGAAACAUUUAAGCAGGCUUGCCAGGUAAGAGAACUUCUUGAAGAUGACUCGCAUUGGAAAAGCACGUUAGAUGAAACUGCUGUUGUUCGAUCACCUGAAAUGCUGCGCAAUUUAUUUGCAAUUAUGUUGCAAACAUGUUCUAUUGCAAACCUUCUGGAAUUGUGGAAUUUACAAAGAGAAAAUAUGGCCGAAGAUGUUUUGCAUCAAGCUAGGAUUAGAAGUACUGACAUGGAUUUAAAUUUUGAUGAUGCUAUCUUCAAUCAGGCAUUAAUUCUUCUUGAAAACCAGGUCAAAGAAUUGGGUGGUUCUGGUUUAAAAACUUAUGAACUUCCUUUGCCACAACAAACAGAUACCAUUGACUUAAACAGAGAAAUUUUGAGGCCAAAUCUGGUUCAAGACCAGAAGGAAGCUUUGGAGAAAAUCUUAUUUGCUGUAUUUAAUGACGUCGGUGGAAUAUUUUUUGUGGAUGCACCUGGUGGAACAGGAAAAACUUAUCUCAUAAAUCUGAUUUUAGCAAAAGUGAGACAAAUAAAUAAGAUUGCACUUGCUGUUGCAUCCUCUGGUAUUGCUGAAACUCUUUUGUCUGGUGGACGAACAGCUCAUUCAGUGUUUAAAUUACCUUUAAAUUUAUCAACCGUCAAGCAUUCUACCUGCAAUAUUUCCAGAAGCUCACACAAAGCUGAUGUUCUUAGAAGAUGUUAA